AGGCUUGCAGACAUUGCAACAUCGUCCGACUGUCGCUGCCUCUCAGUUCUAAUCUAACCAGUGUCCAACUGGAGACUUGGAGAGGUCGCACUGACCCAGGACAAGAAAACACUCAUAUCUCAUAAACAAGGACUGAAGCACAGAUGGGGGAUUUAAGGCAGACCAUCGGGGUCAUGUCGCAGACGAUAUGCCCGAGUUCCCCGGCUGCGUCCGAGGAAGACCUGAAGACUCCAAAUGGUGGGCAGCGGGAGAAGAUGCAGAUGAGGAGGGAGAUUUCCCUCAUCAACGGGAUCUGCCUCAUAGUGGGCAACAUGAUAGGCUCCGGGAUCUUUGUCUCGCCCAAGGGGGUUCUGAUGUACAGCGGCUCCUUUGGGCUGUCCCUGCUGAUCUGGGCCCUUGGCGGCCUGUUCUCGGUGUUCGGAGCCCUUUGCUACGCCGAGCUCGGCACCACCAUCCCCAAAUCCGGAGCCAGCUACGCCUACAUCCUGGAGUCGUUCGGCAGCUUCCUGGCUUUCAUUCGUCUGUGGACGUCCAUCCUGCUGAUCGAGCCGGCCAGCCAGGCGGCGAUAUCGCUGACAUUCGCUUUCUACCUGGUGGAGGCUCUCUACCCGACCUGCCAGCCGCCGUACGACGCAGUGCGACUCCUCGCUGCGGCGUGCCUCUGUAUAUUGAUCUUCAUAAACUGUGCUUAUGUGAAGUGGGGGACUCUGGUCCAGGACAUCUUCACAUAUGCGAAGCUCAUGGCCCUCUUCCUCAUAAUCAUCGUUGGACUCCUGAAAAUAGUGUCAGGAGACAUAAACAGUUUUGAGAGUCCGUUCGAGGGGUCCUCCACCGAUUCGGGAGCCAUAGCUUUGGCUCUCUACUCAGCUCUGUUCUCCUACUCAGGCUGGGACACACUCAACUUCGUCACGGAGGAAAUUAAGAAUCCUGAGAGGAAUCUCCCCCUGGCCAUCGCCAUCUCCAUGCCCAUCGUGACCAUCAUCUAUCUGUUGACCAACGCCGCAUACUAUGUGGUUCUAGACAUGCCAUCCCUGCUGGCCAGCGACGCUGUUGCUGUGACGUUUGGAAAUGCAGUGCUGGGUCCGUUCAACUGGAUCGUACCGAUAUCGGUGGCCAUGUCCUGCUACGGAGGACUCAACGCUUCCGUCAUUGCUGCUUCACGGCUGUUCUUUGUCGGGGCUAGAGAGGGCCACCUCCCGGACAGCCUGAGUCUGAUCCACCUGAACCGCUACACACCCGUGCCGGCGCUGCUGUUCAAUGGGCUCAUGGGUCUGAUUUUCCUGUGUGUGGAGGAUGUGUUCCUGCUCAUCAACUACUUCAGCUUCAGUUACUGGCUUUAUGUCGGUCUGUCUGUGGCCGGCCUCAUCUACCUGCGCAUCAAACAGCCAGAGAGACACAGACCAGUCAAGCUCAGCUUGUUCUUCCCCAUCGUUUACUGCAUGUGCAGCCUGUUCCUGGUCAUUGUCCCUCUGUACGGAGACACCAUCAAUUCUCUCAUAGGGAUCGGCAUAGCUCUGUCAGGUGUGCCGGUUUACUAUGUCACCAUCUACCUGCCUGAGGAGAGGAAGCCCCGAUUCAUACGCAAACUCAACACCUCUAUCACCAAAUACACACAGAUGUUGCUCUACUGCUGCCUGACUGAGUUUGACACUGAAACAGGAACGCCGGACGGCGGCAAAACACAGUGAGGCGCGCCCGGAACCACUCCAUUCAUCCGGCUGCUUCCUGGGCCCUGUGUGGACAGCGUGACGGUGUUUGUGGGAAUUACUUCUUGUCAGGCCUGCAUUUACAAAACGAAGGGCCUAAAAUCUCAAAAGACUCGCUGAGAAGGAGCGACUUCAACGUGGUGGCGAUUUAUUUUCUUUUUCAACUUUUGUAUGUUCCGAGAAUAUCUUCUGUGAGGAUUACAAGGAAACAUUUGAAACAAAUGUGUAGCUAAAGCACACGUGUUGAAACGCUUCGUACAGAAAGGGACAGAAUUCAGUCAUCUGUCUGGCAGAAACACAUGAGAUAGUUUAAUUUUCAGGUACAAUUUUACAUCCUAUUUACUCAUUAAAGAAUCGUUAUUAUUAAUCAAAAGCAGCUCUAAACAAAUGAGAUUUUAGCUUUGACUUAAAGAAACUGUUUCAGCAGUUUUGCAGUUUUCUGGAAGUUUGUUCCAGAUAUAUGGAGCAUAGAGGCUGAAUGCUGCUUCUCUAUGUUUGGUUGUGGUUCUAGGGGAUGCAGAGCAGAACCAGAAGACCUGAGUGGUCCGGAACAUUGAUACAACAAAUCUUUAGUAACAUUAAUAGCAUUAAUGCUAAGCUAAUUAGUCAUUUAAAAACCGACUAAAGAAUUUUGAAGUAUGUCUAUCAGCCUGGUUUUAGUGAUGUUCUGGAUCAAUGGGUCACUAUAAGGUUUUUUUUGUUUUCACUGGAACUCGUAAGCUGCCAUGACUCCUGGGUCUACUGAUCCAAACGUGGAGCACAAGAAAAAACAACAACAAUGUCAACAGGCUAUAUAAAGAACUAAAAAGAACUCUUCAGAAAAUAAUGCAAAAUUUAAUCACGUUAUACGUUUAAUUUGAGCCGUACGUGUUAUGAUAUAUAUUGCCAAAAUAAGAAAAAAAAU